UGUAUACUCACGCUUGCGCGUAAGAGGGAACAAAACCCUAUUAGCCUAGCGUCUUGAGAUUGGACUCGACUUCCCUAUGGAACAUUAAGGAACCAAAACGACCGUUAAACGAACGAGUUUCGAACUAUAACGAGCCUCACCGACUUUCAAUGGAAUGUUUAAAAUCAUAUUUAUUUAAAUUUAAAUUUUUUAACGUUUUGUGCGAAGUGACGAAGGCUUACUCGGCUUUGAUGUGGAUGCAACGAGAGAUUUAUCUUAGAGGCAACAAGACAAUCCACUGGAGGACCCCUGCAUCAUCUUGUGAAGACUGUCAGUGAUAUUUUGGGUAUUAAAGUUCCAGGUUCAAGCGACGUCUUCCAUUAGGAGUCGGUGGCUGCGAAUUUGAAACAAUCAAGAUAUUACGAUGAUGUUCGAAAAAGUGCAGGAAAUGGUGGUCACAAAUCGAGAAAAAUACUUCUUUUACUAAUACCUAACGUCUGAAAUCCAACGGAUAAGUGGUAGUGAUGGUGUGGAGAAGCCGUCAAAAAUACUGCUUUCCUCUUCAUAAAAUGUGUACGGUGUAAGACGGUGUCUUUAUGAUAAGAAAAAGCCCUCAGUAAGUCACUAAAUAGAAAUGGAUCCGUGUUCCGUGUGCACUGAGCAUGGCUGAUAAUAGAUAGUGCCACUUUGGAUGUGAUCGACGAUGGUCUGGUUUGGGCUAUCCAAGAUGGCUGCCGGAAGGCGGCCCAACCCCAUGAUCUUGGCUUUGUCAAUAUUCAGCUUCUCGGAGAUGUUGGCAACAGGGGAGUUGAUGUACAGCCCGACCGCUCGAGCGACAAAAGAAGGUCGCUUGGAGCGAGCAGUCGAUGGGGCAUCUGACGAAGCCUUGGCUUGGCUCAAGCAACAGAUGGCUAUCAUUAGGGGCGAACCACAUACCACUGUCGGUCUGGCCUGGGGAAAGAGGCGGCCCGCAAUAGCGCAGACCAACACAGCUGUACCAACAAACACAGAGGAGUCAGACAGUCCAGUUGCAUCAACUGCAAGAACAACGCUUGUAGCCACUAGUUCUACGUCAACUCCGGCAACAGAAGCCACGACUUCAAAUGCUGCAGUUUUUACAGAAGCUACAACCUCAUGGAGAAGAACGAUAGAUCCUUUAAUAGAAUAUGUUAUUGCAGACGAAGCAGCAUCGGUAACUUCAAUAUUGGAUGAUAUUAACACUCAUCCUCCUAUAUCAGAGAUAAGCUCGCUUCACCACCAAUAUUUUCCUACGAUCAAUCAUGCUUUCACCAGAGAUUCAGAACCAUUUCAUUUACAUACAUAUACACAUAAUAAUUCAGCCCAUUACGCCACCCCAAAUUCAGUGUCACCAUCUGAUGUGCUUACAAUGCUUCCUGAAGUUAGGGAGACUCAGACAUUACCUUUUGAUAACAGAGAAAAUCUGGGCAUCUGGAGUGACGUGCAUAGUGUACAGUUGGAGGAGGUGCCAGAUAAAGGUCUGACGAAGGGGAGGACGGAAAGUGCUCAGCACGGUCUGGAAACGACUACAAAUAACUACCUGUCAUUGUCUGAAGAAGUACAAGAUAGGAGUUCUCUUCUUGAGGGUGAUUCAGUCUUUCAACAGGAAACCAUAAGCGAAAACAAGAAUAAUCCAUUAUGGUACAGUAAUUCAAGUAAUAAUCUCAAUCUCAACAGAAGUACAGUUAAAAAUAGCCAGAUGUCAAGUUAUGUAACUAAGACUAUUGACCAGAAAAUUGAUUCCAACAAUUUGCACUUGAAUCCAUCUCUAUCAAGUAACUCCAUUGACCAAGCCAAUUCUGUUCCACUUAGUAUGCUAAUGCAAGAACAAGCAAAAACAAAUUUGGCCGUUCGGCCUCCAGUAUUUUUUCAAUUUCUUCCAAAAUCAGCUUUAGAAAACAACGCCACAAAUCCUCUAUCUCAAACAUCAGUUUCACCGACAGCUAACUGGUAUGAUAUCCUGGUGAAGCAAGCUGCCCAAAAGCUCACAACAGCAUUGCCUUUGAGUGAAGUAGAGUUCCCUUAUGACAGACCAACUUUGCGCCCUCCAGUCUACCUGCGCCCUGCAACAAAGCCACAGUUUCUGCCAACAGUAAGCAAACCCUUGAGACCCAAUGGAUCCUCAAAACCAGACACAGAACUAGAGAAUAAGGAUGGUUCUAGCCACACGAAACUGCAAAAUUUAGAGAAAACCCUUACUGGCUCGACGUCGCAGGUCUCAAGAAGGCCUACACAGAUAUACAGAAGGCCCAUUGAUGCUGGUUUAGCAAGUCUUCUGCAGCACUGGCCUCAAGUGUCAGGCCAAGUCCAUCUACCUCUGACUACAAAUGGAACUUCGAGGCCUCUUUUCAUUCCCAUGUUUACAACUGAUACUCUUACAAGAACAACUACAACGUCGCCUACCACUACAAGUCCCUUGAGACCCAUAAAACCAUCUCAAAAGAGUGAAGUUUCUAAGGACAACAGGACAGUGUCACCAGCUAAUUUCUGGAUGGGAGUUGGACGAGAAGAUACGCUGGGAGGGGGCUACGACCUUGCCCACUCUCCUCAAAUGUUCCGAAGCCAGGAAGAUUACUUCUUGUACUUACAGGACAUUCUUUCCAAAGCAGCACAAAUAGAGAAUUCUCAGCAACAGACAGCUACCACGACGAGGCCGCCUCCAUUCGCCACAAGACAACAGGACCUUAAGCCAACUAAAGUGGUGAUGCCAUUUUUCCCCAGGAACUCUAAUGAUACCUUUGUCUACGACCUGGAUUACCUAGCUAGUCUUGGGGGACAAGUUGCGUAUUUGGUGUAUCCAGACUACGACUACAGCGAAGAACCAGCCAGCCCUACUCCAUCCACCAGUGCAGCCACAGUCCCAAGGCCAUCAGCAAGCCCUACCACCAACAUGGAACAGCUCUACCCCUUUCUGGGACUGGGGCAGUCGCAGCUUCAGAAUCAAAGCCAGUCUGUUGUGAAUGAGGUUCACUCGUACCAAAACCUGGUUAUCCAGCUGACUAAUGGAACAAACAUCACAGUCAGUGUGCAGCCUGGUGGGGGAAACGUCAUCGGUGGUUCCUCUAAUCUAGGACCUCAGGCAGGUUCAGGGAGCACCAGUGGUCAAAACACUGAAGCCACUGGAAGCGGAGUCACUCCAAGUGACGGAGGAAUCUCUGGAAGCACUUUAAAUGGCUUCAUUGGCCCUGAAGGCUUGGGUGGAAUAGAGAUUGGUCCCAUCAGUAGCGGAGGAACCGGAAGUGGCAGCAUCAGUGGUGGAGGGUCAUCAUCUGGAACAAACAGUGACAGUAACACUGCAGGUAGUCUUACUGGUGGAACGACCACCAGUAACACUGGAGGUGUGGCUGCAGGCGGGAGUGCCACAGACGGGCAAGGUAGCACAGGAAGCGUCGAUUCAGCCUCCCCUACCAUCAUUACUAUUGGCUUGCAAGGAUCCGGGACUUCUUCACCCACCACCACCACAUCGCCUUCGUCUCCAGGAUCUGGUUUUAUUAUUACGAGGCCGUUCCUAACAACUGCUGCAACUACCCCAGCCACUGCUUCGCCAGGCAGCAAUGGCUUCAAACCUGCUGUGUACAGAUGCAACGAGCGGGGGACCGAGAGCAUGACCAAUUUCGUCAACCCAUCGUACCCCUACAGGGACACCAGCGCCGGGAUCUGCAUGUUCAGGUUGGACAUCCAACCAGGGGUGUGUCAGGUGAGAAUAGACAUCAUCGAGACCCACCUGGCUCCCCCAACAGAGGGCGUCUGUGUACGCCAGUACUUGACAGUUCAAGGGACCAUCUGGCGUCCCGGAGUGCAACGCAUUUGUGGUACCAACAGCGAUACCCACUUUUACCUGGAGGUGGAGGAGGACAUCCCGGCCCCCUUCGUGGAAGUGGCAGUGUCCUCUCAGGCAGGACUCAGCUACAGGUGGGGUCUAUGGCUCACUCAACUGAACUGCCACGAGCCCUCACCCAUUUUAGCGCCGUCGGGAUGCUUCCAGCACUUCACCGAGAGCACGGGGGAGAUCAAGAGCUUCAGCUUCGAGGACGGCGAGUACUACAUCGACCAACACUACCGGAUCUGCCUGGCCACGACACCCAAAAUUUGCUCCGUCACGUUCUCGGCCCAGGAGCAGCAGUUCAUGAUCGAGAAAUAUGGCAAUAUAGAUGAAGUCCCAUACGACAGGUCGGGGAUGAGUUCGCUCUACUGCGUGCGGGAUUACCUCAGGAUACCGGACGGGUCUGCAGACGGGGGAGCCCACACUUCCUCCCACGAUCGGUAUUGUGGGGGGCGCUUGGCCUCUACCCACGGUGCUAUGGCCCCGAGCCCUGUUACUAGCAGAGUGACCAGCCGCAUUGUCGUGAUCGAAUUUCACGCAGGGACGCCUCAGAAGUACGUGGCCAAAGCACAUGGUCCUGGCUUUAAGGUGAACUUCCAACACAAUCCCUGCCCACCUCAGGACGACUGGUACAUCCAGGAACCGGAGCCAAAUACGAGAGGCGGGCUCCCCGAUGUGACCCUCCCCCCACCCCUGGUUCUGAAGGUACCUUCCAGUUACACACUGGUCUCGCGAAGAGGAGAGGCUUCCAGUGACGACAGCCAGUUACUACAGCUGCCUUACUACCGCCGUCGGGUUGGUCAACAAAAUGGCGGAGGGAUCACAAGAUGGCGACCUUUCCUGAUUCCACAUAAGGAGAUAGACACCAGUGAUGGCGACCAGGAAACGCUGCCUUCGAACGCAAACCAGUAUGCCAACGGGCAGAGGAGGUGGGCAUCACUUAACGGGAUGAGAUUUGCCCAGCGACGUCCCCAUUACCGCAGGGGUACCACACCUCCAAGGGCCGAAGAAAACGAAGGCCAGAGUUCUCUAGAACCGCAGAGUUCUCUAGAACCGCAGAGUUCUCUAGAACCCCUAAGUUCUCUAGAACCCGAAACUUCCUCCUCUCCACAGUUGCCCCAGGAGGCAAGUUACAGUACAGAUAGUCAACCGUCGGGUGGAAACCUUCCAGUCUUCUCUGAAGUGCAACUUCCACCUCCAUCGUGGCUCUCUGCACUGCAGUCGCCCGACGGCAAGGGCAUCACUAGACCACCACCGCCCCCACCGAGGCGGACAAUGACAACUCCUCUGCCUCCUACGAGCCCUCAGCGGCCCACUGAGGCUGUGUUGUCAUCGCAGCCGCCUCCUUCAGGGUAUAUCCUCAAACACCCUCAAGAUCUGAUCAACCAUCGACCUCAGCAUUUCAUGAGGGAAUAUAGUUAUGUCUCCGGGAGUGACUGA